AUGUGUGCCGUGCUUGAAAAGCUCGACAUGAUCGUUGAAAUACUUCAACGAUUGACACCACCAACUGCUCCUCAAUCCCUGCUGUCGUCUAGUCCAGCACCACCAACUGCUCCUUUACCACUGAUGUCAUCUAGUCCAC